AUGGACUAAACUCCAACAAGUAUAAAUACAUUUACAACAACGGACAAGGAAUUAGAAAAUAACUUAAAGGAUUUAUUGGAAAGAAUUCUAGUCUAUGUAGAGAAAUACAUUGAAACAAAGGAAGAGUUAAAUUAAAUUGAAAAUGAAUUGAAAGACUACGAAAGUUUGUCAUACUUGGUUGGUAUUAUAAAAGUAAUAUUUACAAAACUAAUGCUGAAAAUAGAAAAGAAACUGUUGUAAGUAAAAAAUUAUUAUUCAAAAUCCAAAGGAAAUUGGAUAAAUGCAACGAUUUGAAUAAGUCAUAUAUGUUUAAAGAUGAUGAAGAAUAUGACAAGUUAGAAUAAACUCUUAUAAAAUAUGAGUAAGAAAUUCGCAACCACAUUAGCGUAAUGAUUUUAAAAAAUAGUUUAGGUUGAGUAACAAUUAAAAUUAUAUGCAGAAUCUAUAUAAAGCAAAUUGGAUGAGAGUGAACAAAUUAGAUAAGAAUUAUUGGAAACAACUAAAAAUAAUAUAAGUGUAAAUGCAUUUUAUCUGAUUAUGAUAGAAAUUGAAAAGAGAAAAUUAAGAAUUGAAUGAAAAAGAGUAAUAAUUAUAAUAGGAAGUAAAUAAUUUAAAGUAAACAAUAUCCAAUUUAGAAAAAGAAAACAAAAGAAAAUCAAUAGACUCUAAUUAACGAGACUAUUUAUAAGCUUUAAUUAAUAAACAAUCUAAUUAAUCAUCAAAUUAAUAAAAAAAUGGACCUAAUUAAAAGUUUAAUUUAGAUUAAAGGUAAUUAAAUUCUCAUUCUGAACAUAAAUCAAAUCCAAAAUAAUUUUUAAAAGAAUAAUAAGAACUUAUUUUACCUACAUAAUCAUCCCAAAAAUUAAAUUAUUAUAGUAUUAUCACUAAUGCAAAUAAUAAAUAGAAAUCUGAAGUGAUUAAAUCAAUGCAACAAAAAGAUUUUAAUAAUAUUUACAGUUAAAUAAUGAGAACUAAACAUAAUUCAUUAUCAUCUAUUAAUGAUCUGAUUCAGAAUGCAUCAUAAUAGGAUAAAAAAAGAUUGGAUUAAUUUUAAUCAAUAUCAAAAAAUAGUUCAUAAAAUAAUAGUAUGAUUUAAAAGAAUAGAGGUAUAAUAUUCUUUUAUAAUUAAAAGAAUCUAAAUAAAUAGAACCAUUAGAAUUAUAAUAAAGAAGUAAGAGUUCUAAACGAGCAGAAGAUAUCAUAAAAUAUUAAACUUUAGAAUCAUUAAUAAAAUUAAAGUGA